CCCCUGGCACCUACUCACUGCACUCCAGCAUUCAGCAUUAGACACCGCACCUAUCUCCGAGAGAGAGAGAGAGAGAGAGCUGUUAGCUAGUCCAGUAGUCCGGCGAGAGUGACGAGAGAAACCGAGAAAGAAACAUGGCGUCGGCAUUGUCAUUCCCGAUCAUCGACAUGGGGCUGCUCGGUGGGGAGGAGAGGCCGGCAGCGAUGGAGCUGCUGCGUGAUGCAUGCGAGAACUGGGGCUUUUUCGAGAUUCUGAACCACGGCAUCUCGACAGAGCUGAUGGACGAGGUGGAGAAGCUGACGAAGGACCACUACAAGCAGGUGCGCGAGCAGAGGUUCCUUGAGUUCGUGAGCAAGACGCUCAAGGACGGCCACGACGCGCAGGGCGUGAAGGCGGAAGACCUGGACUGGGAGAGCACCUUCUUCGUCCGCCACCUCCCGGAGUCCAACAUCGCCGAGAUACCCGACCUCGACGACGAGUACAGGCGCGUGAUGAAGCGGUUUGCCGGCGAGCUGGAGCAGCUGGCGGAGCGGCUGCUGGACCUGCUGUGCGAGAACCUCGGCCUGGAGAAGGGGUACUUCGCGCGGGCCUUCCGCGGGCCCAAGGGCGCCCCCACCUUCGGUACCAAGGUCUGCAGCUACCCGCCGUGCCCGCGGCCGGACCUCGUGAAGGGCCUGCGCGCCCACACGGACGCCGGCGGCAUCAUCCUGCUGUUCCAGGACGACCGCGUGGGCGGGCUCCAGCUGCUCAAGGAGGGCGAGUGGGUGGACGUGCCGCCCAUGCGCCACUCCAUCGUGGUCAACCUGGGCGACCAGCUGGAGGUGAUCACCAACGGCAGGUACAAGAGCGUGCUGCACCGGGUGCUGGCACAGACCGACGGGAACAGGAUGUCCAUCGCGUCGUUCUACAACCCGGGCGGCGACGCGGUCAUCUUCCCGGCGCCGGCGCUGGUGAAUGCCGAGGAGGCCGCGGGGGCGUACCCGAGGUUCGUGUUCGAGGACUACAUGGCGCUGUACGUGCGGCACAAGUUCGAGGCCAAGGAGCCCCGGUUCGAGGCCUUCAAGUCCAUGGAGACUGAGAGCUCCAACCUCAUAGCCAUCGCGUAACGACCGGACCAUGCACCUAGCUCGGGUUUACUGUUCGUGUUGUAAACGUACGCAUGGCCACCUCUUGGACCUAGAUAAAGUCACGUAGGAUUGCUAGUUUGUACUUGUGGCGUGCUGUUGCACGCUCAAUCGCUCAUCUAUGUCUGUGUCUGGUCCCCCUAUGCUAUUCGUUCGCUAGCUAGCUUUGUGUGUCGUCGUGCUGUAAGUCUGUAACCUGUUUGCUGCUAUAAAUUAUACUACGAGUAACUAGUGUGAGAUUGCAUGCCUGUGUUCUU